AUGCUGCAAAGCAUUCUGACACGUCUGUUGCUUGAACCAUCCAAUGGCUCAGCUAGUCUUCGAGAUUGGAGUGGUUUUGCCUCGGUGAUUCUUCUACUUUCUGCCUUUCUCUACAAAGUGCUCUACGUCCCGGCAUCUUCACUUGGAAGAGACCAUUCCCCGCCACUCUUGAAAUUGCCUAGCUGGAAGGUUUCCCAGUUCUUUUUUGAGAAGAGGUUUGAUUUCAUCAAAGAUGGUUUCAAGGCUACAUCGUCAGCCAUCUACCAGACCAACCUGUUUCGACACAAUGCGAUUGUUCUAUCCGGAGACGAAGGCCGACAGACCUUCUUCAAAGAGAAGGGUCUCUGUUUGUAUGAUACGUUUUCAAUCAUGAUGGGCAGUAGCGCUGCUCACUUUGACCCGCACCAAGUCGGCGGCGUAGUCAGACGAAUGGCUUCGAUUCAACGACCUGAGAAUCUCCAGAAAUUGAUCCCAUUGAUCUUGUCCGAAUGCCGGAGGAAAAUGGACGCAUGGGGUAGGGAGCGUAUUCUCGACCCCUGCUCUUCCCUUCACGAGGUCACUUUCCAAUUGGUCAUGCGCAUUGCUUCUUUUGAUAUCGCCAAUGAUCCAGCCCUUUCAGCUCGUCUCAAGUCACACGUCGACACUGUCGACUCUAUCACUAACCCAUACUCAACUUGGUUCCCUUGGUUACCUGGUCCAGCCUUGUUCCAAAAGUUCUUUGCUUCUGUUCAAAUCUACAGAAUUGUACAAGCGGGCGUCAACGCCAGGAAGAAGAGCGGAGUCAGGAAGGAUGACAUGCUGCAGCAGAUGCUUGAUGAUGGAGACAGCAUGAUUCAAAUCUUUGGAUGUAUUCUAGGACUAUCACUGGCUGGAGCCCGUGCUACUGGAACAAUCGUAACUUGGUUGAUUAUGCACAUCUCCUCGAACCCAACUUGGUCUUCCAAUGUUCAAGAGGAGAUCAGAACUUUCAUAUCUACUCACACAUCCUCAUCGGCCCCUCUCUCUGGAGACGCUCUCGUUCAAGCCCUCUCAAAAAUUCCACUGACGGCCUGGGAAUCUCAAACACCCAACCUUGACCUCUGCAUACGUGAAACACUGCGCACCUCACAGCCAUACACAGCAGUGCGAAAGAACACUGGGCCAGAUCUUACAAUCGGGCCAUACGUUAUCCCUUCUGGAUCUCUCGUUGUUUAUCCAUUUUCAGAUACCGCGCUCAAUCCAAAGUUUUACUCGGACCCAACUCGCUGGGAUCCAUCACGGGUAGUUGGAAAAGAAGCACCAUUUAUUGGCUGGGGCGGCGGAAAGCAUGCUUGCAAAGGCCAACGACUUGCCACACUGAGUAUGAAACUCUUGGUUACUUACGCGUUGACACAGUUCCAUGUUACGAUGGUUGAUGCAGAGGGAGAAAGGAUGAACCAUGUUCCGCUCCCAGACUGCAAUGACUCUGCUACUUGUCGCCCGAAGGAGGAAUGCGGGAUCAAGUUUGUUGAGAAGUAG